CUCUCCGCUCCUUCCUGGCUGCUCCCAUGCUGUGGGAGGAUCGAGGACAGUUGCCAGCUGGUGACAGAGCAGCUCCACUGACACACAGCAGCAGCAGCAGCAGCGGCAACAACAGGCUACUGUAAACGCAGGAAGAAAACUCCCAGUCGACAUGUCUCAGUUCUCAGACCUGGAGACGGCCAUUAACACGCUGGUCACACAGUUCCAUUCUGCUUCAGCUGACAAUGGUCCAACACUGAAAACUGAUGAAUUCAAAGGACUUUUGUCCUCCCAGAUGCCAAACCUUGUCAAGGGCGUUGGCACAGAGCAGGGCCUGGGCAAGAUCAUGCAGGAGAUGGGUGUAGGUGAUGGAGAGGGCAUCUCUUUCAAGCAUUUCUGGAAAUUAAUCCAGUCAUUAGCCAGCUCGCAGCAUGGCCUCCUCAGAGGCCAGAAGGGCACCUCAUGCAGCUGCAUCCUCCUGUGAAGAGCAGGCUUUCAGCCUAACACAUCAGCAAGCUCUGAGUUUCCAACCCGGAAUUUAACCAAACUCAGUAACAAUACGUAAAUCAUUCUCCUAUUCAGGUGUCGGACAGAAUACAAGGGUGCAAAGUUUUUCUGCUCACAACAAGCUGUUCUCAACAUGUAGGAUUACAAAAACAUUACAAGUUCUCAUGUUGUGGUCUCCAUCUGACUGGUUUCCAUAUCAUGCCCCUGCCUGUAUACUGCCCAGCUUCCUUUGCACCAGUUAAAGUACAAUUCAAGCUAGUUUCAAUUUCUCAGAUUGUCCUGUGAUGAAGCUAAACAAAGACAGUUUCCGGAUCAAAAUGACACAGGUAUCAGCAUCAAUGCUCUAAUGGCUUCAAUAUGUUUGAAACAUACAAUGUCAUUUAUAAACACACACAUGCACACACAAAUGUGUCCAACAUCAAUUUCAAUAUGCAUUAGUGACCCAUUGGUGAGGAGUGAAGAUUCUCCUUUCUUAGAAUGUGCACGCUUGCUUUCUCUCGAUCUCAGGUGUACUUUAUUUCUCUCUUUCUCAUUUUUGUCUCAGAGUGGGUCUGAAUGGGCUAUAAUACCUCUGCGUUAACAUGUGGUCUGACUAGUGUGACACAUAUUUGAUCUGAAUUUGAAUUAACUGGUGCAAUAGGCCGCUGGACAUUAUUACAGUAAAUAUUAUCACUUUACAUUAUUUGCUCUAAUUUAGUUUUGAAUUAUUUUUACAAAUGUAAUGUAGAUUGAGGGGGCCUUCUGUCACAAAUAACUGGAGGGUGAAAUACCCAAAGUUGUUGCAUCCACAUCUUCAUUAGUAAAUCGUCAAACAGCUCAAAGGUCACAAGAUGUGAGCUUUCAAAUGAAAGCAAUAUCUUAAAAUUGAGAAGAUCAUCAUUUACAAUUUUAGAAAAGGGAAUAUGAGCAGGGUCUUUUGGUGUCAGUGUUUAUCACUAGUUAACCACUUAAAUGCAAACCAUAUAGUUAAUCUACAAUAAUAUAGUAUAAUCACCUUUGCAUGUCAGACAUGUUAACUCAAGUCUUUACCAGGCACAGCUGUGCAUUCAUCACCAUUCGCGUGAAGGCCAGAUCAUUAUGAAGAACCACUGAUUGACUUUCAGACACUUUAAAAUAUUUAAAUACAAUUCCUUUGUGACUCCAUAAUACAUAAUAAUUGACAGUUCACAAUAUCUGUAAUGAUCAUAUCGUAGGUAUUAGCCCUUUUCAGUGUAAACAUUGUUUGAGUCUAUGUUAUUGUAAUCAUCUCAAUUUAACCUUAUAUGCAUUAGAAGUUGAACUAAAACAAUUAUUUUUUUAUAUAUUUCGGAUGUCAGCAUGUUAAUUCUGUUUCAUCUGGAGAAACCUCCCAAACAGAAACAUCUAAACAUGUGUGGUUUGAAAGUUUCAAAUAAUAAUGCUUCAUCCUCUGUGAUUCUGCAUAUUCUUUGUAUUUAUAUUUUGUAAUUCUCUGUAUUCUGACCUUUGUGACACCAUAAGAAAAUUGUAUGUAAUAAACAUAUAAAAAAAGGGGA